AUGGAUGAUGGAAGGGGGAGCAAGGUUAGCCCUGUGAUCUCUGACCCUGACUACAUGAAGGUGGUCCUGGUGAGAUCAGGGAAUGGUUUGCUCGUGUUGGAGGGGCAUACAUGGUUCCAGCACCGGCAGAUGCUGACCCCAGCCUUCCACUACGACAUCCUGAAGCCCUACGUGGGUCUCAUGGCUGACUCUGUACAGGACAAGUGGGAGGAGCUCAUCAGCCUGGACUCACAUCUGGAAGUCCUUGGACCCGUCUCCUUGAUGACCCUGGACACCAUCAUGAAGUGCGCCUUCAGCCACCAGGGCAGCAUCCAGACAGACAGGAACAUCCAGGCCAUCAGGGACCUCGGCAAUCUGACUAUUACCCGAUUAAGAAAUGCUUUCCACCAGAACGACAUCAUCUACAGGCUGACCCCUGAAGACCGCUGGAGCCACCGGGCCUGCCAGCUGGCCCAUCAACACACAGAUGGAGUGAUCAGGCGGAGGAAAGCUCACCUGCAGAAGGAGGGAGAGCUGGAGAAGGUGAGGAGCAAGAGGCACCUGGAUUUCCUGGACAUCCUCCUCUUUGCCAGAAUGGAAAAUGGGAGCAGCUUGUCUGACAUGGACCUCCGUGCCGAAGUGGAUACGUUCAUGUUCGAGGGUCACGAUACCACAGCCAGUGGCAUCUCCUGGACCCUCUAUGCUCUGGCUUCCCACCCUGAGCAUCAGCAGAGGUGCUGGGAAGAGAUCCAGAGCCUCCUGGGGGAUGGCGCCUCCAUCACCUUAGACCAACUGGACCAGAUGCCCAACACCACCAUGUGCAUCAAGGAGGCACUGCGACUCUAUCCACCAGUGCCAUUCAUUUUCAGAGAUCUGAGCAUGCCCAUCACCUUCCUUGAUGGACGCUCCUUACCUGCAGGAAUCCCAGUCUCCCUCUUCUUUUAUGGGCUUCACCACAACCCGAAGGUGUGGCCGAAUCCAGAGGUGUUUGACCCAUCCCAGUUUGCACUGGGUUCUUCUCAACACAGGGCUUUCCUGCCCUUCUCACGAGGAUCCAGGAACUGCAUCGGGAAGCAGUUUGCCAUGAAUGAGAUGAAGGUGGCCGUGGCCUUGACCUUGCUUCGCUUUGAGCUGGCACCGGAUCCCUCCAGGGUCCCUGUUCCCAUUCCAAAAGUUGUGCUGAAGCCCAAGAAUGGGAUCCACUUGCAGCUCAGGAAGCUCCUGUAG